AUGGAGCUCGACAAGGACAACGCCAACCCAACCAUCUUGAAUCCCUCGGAUCUGCCCUCCCGACGCAGCGAGUCGACGGUCAAGAGGCGCGAUGACGGCGGGACCGGCCUGUUUGAUGAUUUGAUACCGCGCUACAACUACCUCAGCGACCCCUUCGACGACUCUGUGUCGGCAAGCGCAUCUGAUAGUGACGACGCACGUGAGGACAUCGAUGAGCAGGAAAUCUACGACCUCAUUUCCACCAUCUGCGACCCUGAACACCCGUUGUCCCUCGGCUCGCUGUCUGUCGUCAACCUGCCCGACAUUCACAUUCUGCCGCCCUCUUCACCGCUUUCCAACAUCAGCACCGUCGUCGUCGAAAUCACCCCGACCAUCACCCAUUGCUCCCUGGCCACCGUCAUCGGCCUAGGUGUCCGCGUCCGCCUCGAGCACGCCCUACCCCCACGCUUUCGCGUCGAUGUCCGCAUAAAAAAGGGCACCCACAGCACUGAUGAGCAGGUCAAUAAGCAGCUCGGAGACAAGGAGAGGGUCGCCGCUGCCCUCGAGAAUGGUACGCUGAUGGGCGUGUUGAAGAAGAUGCUCUCCACGUGCGAGUAG